GCCUCUGCUGUAACUUCCUAGUGUCGGCAGAUGCCCGGGAAGUACUUAGGUUAACGUUCGCUAAAAGCAACUUGCCACCCAUGGACCGCUUUGUCCUGGCGGCUUUCCCUACUGUUGGGUUAAACCCGUUAACGUUAAGAGGCUUCCUGGGGCUGCGGGCAAAGCCCAAGCUUCAUGUUCUAGAUUUAUCACCGAGUGCACUGAGUUAUUGCUAUUCGGCCUUCCAAAGGCAAUAUAGUCACAAUGCCUGGAAGUUCUCAAGAACGUUAUCAUCUUUUCCAUAUAGAGGAUCAGUUAUACAGAAAGAACAAUGCAUAUGAGGGCGUUGCAACAGGGGCUCAAACGAC